AUGGCAUCGAUGUCCUUGGUUUUGCAGGAUGAAAUUGAGCAUCCGGGAGUGAUUAUUGCGAGCUUUGGUUUCAAAACUGAAGUAGAUGGUGAUUCUACUAAUGAUCAUGUUUUCAUGAUAAGGCCAUUUCUAGUCGAGUUGCACAGAUUAAAUCUCAAGAAACAAACCACUUCUGUCAUAUCGAAGUUCGAGACUAAAUACAGAAUAGUGGCCGCAAAUCACAUUCUUUCGGAUGGCCAGAAGGGUGAAUGGUUACUUCUAUUGAACGAAUUGAAUCAGCUAAUGGUAGUAAGCCCAACUCUUAUAGACUCCAAUCAGUUGAAACUAACCGUCAUUCAAACCUUUCAUAUUCACGAUUACCUCAAUAGACAGAAUAAUGUAGUUGACGUUGAUAAGGGGAUCUUGACUGUUCCCUCAUCAACACCCUCACUUGAAGUGGAUCCGCAGCAGAGGUUCAUUAUAGUACACUCCUGCCGAUGCUUUUUAUUGGUAUUUGAACUUCGCCCAAGUAAACUCGAUCUGGCAGAGAGAGCUAGCAAGAACAGGCCUCCAAAACAGGUGGAAAAGAAUUCGAAAGCGGCUCUUUUAAAUGCCUUCAAGGUGUUCGAGGACCCCUACGUUGUGACCGUUGGUUCUGAUCCGAUAAUCUCAAUAAGAUUCUUAAGCGGUCCGUCUGAAGUUGAUAACGUGAAUAAUUUUUGGUUUGGCAUGAUCACAAGGGAUAUAAGUUUAAGGUACUCUCUUGAAUGGUACAGAAUUUACAAGCUGCGACGGUUAUCGGUAAAGAAAGUGAAAAAAAUGACACCACUGGAUUCUAAGCCAACACUUGUUUAUUCCCUUUCCGGGUGCAAUGCUCUACUUAUCGUUUGUGGACUUAUACAGUAUUGCUAUCCUGCUCCUAACUGUGAAAUGCAUUGUCAAUUGGAUGACGUCAAAACAGUUGGAAGCUAUGCAAAGAAGAGGUUUGUGACCGUUGAGGCCAGCAGCGUCGCUGUAUUUGUUUCAGCCUGUAAUAUAAGUACAACACGGCUGUUAUUAUGCUCUCAGAAAGGUGGCUAUUAUAUACUCGAGGUGAAGGAAAAGACCGAAAAGAGUAGGACGAACAAUUCUUCUAUAUCAGAGAGACUAGAUCCAGACAAGAUGAUACUUCCCUCCGAAAAAAACGAAUGCUUUGAUUUGGAGAAAUGGGAAGUAUGCAAAUGUGGAGAAGAGGGGCUGAGAUGUGACUACUUGAUCGGCACAAGUGCAAAAGAUUCCUUUUUUGGGGUCUCUGCGCUAGGCAGCUUUGGUUUUUCCAAGAUCAGUAGCCCGAGCCAGAGUUUGAAAACGGUUACUACUUACCAAUGCUUACCGGUAAUUUUUCUUUCCUCACAUAACUCGCAAAGGAUGAUGUAUGCUAAAGGAAACUACCAAGGUACGUAUUUGAAUUAUGGCGAAGAAACAUUGAAUAUACCGGAUGCAGCUGUGCGAAAAGUGAUUCUCAUGGAUAGUACGCUAUUUGGACUACUAUUUGUAGUUUUGACGGAAUCGCAUAUUGCAGAUGAUACUAACGAUCCUGAUUCUAUGAACAUUCAGGACCGUAUUACUAUUUAUGAUUCCAACUUCAAGAAAAUAUCAUGCUAUGAAUUCGAUCCUGGCCGUAACUGUGUCGAUCUUCUUUCAUUGGAAGGCUUCAAGUGCCAUCUUGAUGAAAAUGAUGAGUCUCUUACAGGUUUGGACAAUCAGAUGUCUAAUUCAUUCCUUGCAGUGAGCACUUUCUUGGAUGAUACGAACGUGGAAAAGAGUGAGAUCUUAUUUUUCAUCAUUGAAGAUGACAGUGCUGAUAUGCUACGGCUGAGUACUAUGGCCAUCCUUAACAAAGAGCUUAAUCAAAUCCUGAAGUUGAAUGAAAAUAAAUGUCUUCUAUUGGGACCUCAUAGUAUGUUUUGGAUUACCAUAACAGCAUCCCAAAAAGAGGAGUCAAUUUGCUACAAGAUAGUUUUGGCAAGCAAAUGUUUAGGCUUGCCAUGCGGAUACAUUACUCAGGUAGCUAAGUUGGAUUCCGAUGGUAAAGAGUUAUUGGUUGCAGACUCGAUUGAAGGCCUCUACUAUGUGAAAUUUCACGAUUCCGCCGAUAAAAUAACAAAAGUUACAAGAAUUCUCUCUGGUGUCAAUAUUACUACAUUUGCCAUGAUUUGCAGGGAUGGUAUUGCUGUUUGUGAUCUUUUGGGAAACUUUUAUUUAUUACUGAUAGAUGAUAAGAAACAACUUUCUAUCGUGACUCAGCUCAAUUUGAUGGCUGGAGCAAUAGGUGCUAUUGAUUCCACUCUGACUAUGAGAGAUGUCCGUUUGAAGGACCUCUUCAGUAAUGAAAGUGCAAAAUCUUCGAUUUGCACUGUUGGAACAAAUGAAGGUGCUGUAAUUGGCAUCUACGGAGUCGGACGAAACCAUAAUAUAAACACGUUGACUAAUUAUCAGAGCUACCUAGGAGUUCACUACUCGAAUUUGAUAGACACCGACCCCAAUAAGAACGAAGACAACGAGAAGAAAAAAUGGAAGACAAUGGAGCUACCGUCUUCCACCAAAGAAGCCAAGAUGAAUUUGGAGGUGCACACACAGAUGACCCUCGAUAGUUGGUAUCAGAACGAAUCCUUCAUAGAACAGAAAUUUCUCAGACUCUUACCAGGAUACAACUUUCUGAGAAUCCAUAACGCCUUUGAGAAUACUCUCCCUGAAAUUUCAAUAGUUGAUAUUAGAUACAUAAAGCUGAAGACUAUCUUGUACGGAGUCACCAAACCUAAAGAUAUAGAGGACUUUGAUUAA